CAGAAAAGAUGGGGAGUUUUAAUAGCAAAGUAUCGCCAUCGAACGAUAAAAUACGCAAUGCCGAGCAGGGUGAAGAGCCAACUACCGAUCCACGAUCGCCGACACUGCACAUCAAUCGAAGUCCCAUCAGUCCGGAGAAGGGCGGUGUAUCGCGUGCAUCCAUCACGAAGGUAAAAGAUCUGACCUUGAUGCUAACCGAAACGGAGGAACCGAUGGCCACAUCUCUACAGACACCGACGCUUAAUCAGCUGCCGAAACGCUUCCAGUCCAUCAUUGAUCCACGAUCGCCCAGCACAUUCACGCGCACACCGCUACUGGUGGACACACAAUCGGUAACGCUGGAUUGUAGCAAUCUGACCAACGUCGUUUCAACACUACAGUACGAUGAGGAUCAUGGCGAAGCUUCCUUCAAGGAUUGCGACACGGAAGGGCUUCCGGUUAACAUUUGCAGCCUACAGAUCGAGCAUGAUGACGAUGAAUCGGCCCCGAUACUGGAGGAGUCAACUGAUCCGAACGAGGUGACGGUGUUCGAGGAUGCCGAGGUCGUACCGUUCGCAGGUAUUGAUCCUCGCUCACCCUCCAUUGCUAUUGCGCGCACCCCCAUGGUGUUGGGAAAGGACGAACAUGAUGACCGCACCGAGAUGAAGCGAGAAGCCUUGAUGGAACAGGUAGCGAAGGAAGAGGAUAUGAAAAGAAAUGUCGAAGGACAAGAACACACACCGAAACAGAACGAUCUCCAGCAGCAAGAGCAGCCGCAGGGUGAUGAAGCUGGUCGGGGAGAACCAACAACACCGAAAAAGGAUAAACAGUCACCGUCGUCCGGUGGGCUGAAGGCGGGCGCCCGCACACCAUUGGGGUGUGUGACGAACAUCGGAGCGGCGGGAAACAACAUUCGCAGGCUAGCACUGAUGGGCCAGCUGAAACAGAAGAACAUCGCCACCGACGAGCAGAAGCUUAUCGCACGCAGUCCAAACACCGGCAGCGCGGAAUCGGUUAAUUCCGCUGCGAAGCAUGUGAACCGUUCGCGAAUUCCAAAACUACGCCUCUCGUAGCAAGGGCAGGCGUAUAGAGUAUAAUCCGUCUUUC